AAGAGCGAUCUGUGAACCUCGCUCCAUUCCCUGCUGCUUGAGGGACCCAGCAUCGAGUCCCUGUACUGGCUUCCUCCUCUGAGUAGAGAGGAGAGUCAAACGCCGUCUGAAAGGUUGACCAUUUUGGGUUUUCUGACACAAGAACUUUUAAACAACGGUACCUAGUCGCUGAUAAACACUGGCAGAGAGAUGGUGGAUCAAUACUUUUCUACACUGGUAAUGAAGGGGACAUUGUCUGGUUUUGCAAUAAUACGGGGUUCAUGUGGGAUGUGGCUGAGGAGCUGAAAGCUAUGCUGGUGUUUGCUGAGCAUCGAUACUAUGGGGAGUCCCUUCCCUUUGGUCAGGACUCCUUCAAGGAUUCCCAACACUUGAAUUUCCUGACAUCAGAACAGGCUCUGGCUGAUUUUGCAGAAUUAAUCAGACACUUGAAAAAAGCAAUCCCAGGAGCUAAAAGUCAACCUGUCAUUGCCAUUGGGGGCUCUUAUGGCGGCAUGCUUGCAGCCUGGUUCAGGAUGAAAUAUCCUCACAUAGUAGUUGGAGCUCUUGCGGCUUCUGCCCCUAUCUGGCAGCUUGAUGGUAUGGUUCCCUGUGGUGAGUUUAUGAAAAUUGUAACUAAAGAUUUUGAGAAAAGUGGUCCAUAUUGUACUGAAAGUAUCCGCAAAUCCUGGAGUGUCAUUAACCAACUCUCAGGUACAGGCAGUGGUCUCCAGUGGCUCACGAACACUCUUCACCUAUGUAGCCCCUUGACUUCUGAGACAAUCUCAACUUUAAAAGGAUGGAUAGCUGAGACCUGGGUGAACCUGGCCAUGGUGAACUACCCCUAUGCAUGCAACUUUUUGCAGCCUUUGCCUGCUUGGCCCAUCAAGGAGGUGUGCCAAUAUUUGAAAAAUCCUAAUGUAUCUGAUACAGUGCUGGUGCAGAAUAUUUUCCAAGCUCUGAAUGUAUAUUAUAAUUAUUCAGGCCAAGCAAAAUGCCUGAAUAUUUCACAAACAAGUACAAGCAGUCUGGGCUCCAUGGGCUGGAACUUUCAGGCCUGCACAGAAAUGGUCAUGCCCAUUUGUAGUAAUGGUAUUGAUGACAUGUUUGAACCCUUUCUGUGGGACUUGGAGUCCUAUUCCAAUGACUGUUUUAACCAGUGGGGAGUGAGACCACGGCCUCAUUGGAUGAUAACCAUGUACGGUGGCAAAAACAUCAGUUCACACUCAAACAUCAUUUUCAGCAAUGGUGACUUAGACCCGUGGUCAGGAGGUGGCGUAACGAAAGACAUCACAGACACCCUGGUGGCUAUCAACAUUCUCGAGGGGGCCCAUCAUUUAGAUCUUCGAGCCCACAAUGCCUUCGAUCCUUCCUCUGUGCUGUUAUCUCGAUUAUUGGAAGUUAAACACAUGAAGAAAUGGAUUGCAGAUUUCUAUAGCAAUGCCAAAUGAGCAACUUUUACAAGAUAAUUUUUUGUUUUCUUUUAUGUUCUCUCCAUCCACAUACCCAUUCACUUUUAUUUGUUUAUGUGUAAUUACUUUCUCUCAUUUGUCAUAUUUGUUGGGCCAAGGCCAAGACAUAAGAAAGCAGCAGGUGGACACAGGGAUCCCACCCAGGUGACAGCUCCGGCUUCACUGUCUUUGUGUCAUCAUGGCAGGCCAUCAGACCUGACAAGGUUCCUCACUGCCUUUCACCAGAGGGAGAGCCCUUCUCUCAGCAGCAGGGAGGUCUCCUUGGUUCUGAGGCUGAAGUCUCUCUGGCCCAUUGUAAGUCUCCACUUCUGCCACAAAAGGGAGAGCAGAAGCUGGAUUCAAAGCGCUGCAGCUGCAGAAUGUGGGAUGCCAAUCCAGGACGCAGGGCUGCUUCCUGUGAGCUCAGUGAGCAACUCUGAAGUGGGCUGCAAUCAAGAAGAAGGCAGAGACCUACCUGUGUGUUGCUCCAGUCUCCCUCCAGCUGUUGGGAGGUCAGUGUGCCUAGGCUGGCUGCUUUUGGAAAGUCUUCUCUUUAUCUCUUUCCCACUUGGCAGCUCUCCUGAGUUCUGGGACAUUUUCCACAGUGACACCGCCAGGGAGGAAUCUGGCCUUCUCUUGCUCUUUUUGUUUCCAAGGUCAAUUUUGUGGUGGUCUGGCUAUAUUCUGCCAAUUUAGGAAAAGUACUGUUUUUUACUUGAAAAACUGAACAAAUUCUGUUAAUAAAAAUCCUUUAAAAUUCUGACAAAU